AAUGGUUGAGGCGCAACAGUCUCUAUUCAAACUGAGACCAGUAACAGAGGAUCAAAAAAUCUAGUUCUUUUUUCUCCCCUCCAAAGCCUCUUCGUUUUUAGUUAAAUAAUUUAAAAAAAAAAAAAAAAAAAAACGUCCAAGCCCCUCUCAAGAACACCCAGUUGAUUUAAUUGAUAAUAAUCCCACUUAUUGCAACAGAUGUUCAGCUGAUUGAACCUCGAGAAUUAAUCUCCAUUAUUUCGAGCUCUAGUGAAACGUAAUAUCGAAUUUUUCAGCGAUAAAAUUUAGUUAGUAUGGAAAAAAAAAUUGAAAACGUCAAGACAUCAAGAUAUUAAUAGGCGACUUCAGUGAAGUUGAGAGGAUUUAUCUCAUUUGCCUAGGGGAUCAAUCUAUCAUUAUAAUAGAUAGGGGUAAAUUUGUCUUAAAUAGGAGUGAAGAUGAAUGGAACUCAGGCAGAGAAUCGGCUUGGCUGUCUUUACUCGUUGUCGGCGAUUUUUUCGACAAUGUCACUGGUAUGCAUUUUAAUUGUCUGGCAACACUGGUCCCGGAGUCUGAAUGGAUGCAUCUCCGUUGAUUGCGGAUGCAUUUUGUACGGUGUUAACUCGUUUAGCACCUUUAUGGGAGGUGACGUCAAGAUCUGCCACUUUGCUGUGUACGGGCUCAUUCCAGCGAUUUUUAUGGGCGUUAUUCUUGGAUCCUACCAUAGCUACAGAUCGUGUAUCAGCCGGAGUCUCGAUGAGCCCAGGAUUGUAACGAGAAAUUACAACAACAGAGGUGAUAACGAGGGUGUGGUGGUGGUGGGACCCAAGGGUAGAUCACCGUGUAAACAGUGGAUGCCACCCACCUUCCUGGCAGCAUUGAUCUGCUGUUUAUCUCUGGCUCAUGCUGUUGUUGUCACCGAUGGAUACAACAAGACAUGCGAACAAUACAGAAAGCAAACGAUUAAGCUAUUGGGCUCCAAAGGACGAGAAGUCGAGGCAAUACAUAUGAGACUAGGAUGUGGGUCGAUCCUUGACUUUAUGGAUUAUCUUCAGCCUGAUGCUAAUAAUUGGAGACGAGGGGAUGUAAUAAACACAGGUCUAGCCAUUCAACUCGGCAUUACAUCUUCUUGGUUGAAUUUUUUCUCCUGGGGUUUCAUCCUGGCUAUUAAUUUCGUGAUGGCCAGACAGAGACAUCGCACUUUAGGGGAGAAACUAUGCUGCUGUUGAUGCUCAACGGAUUUUAGAAUAAUUUUUUAAAUUAUCUUUAAAAAAUAUUCUGGUUAUUCUUUGAUAUUCCUAGAGAAGAGAUAUGUCAAAUUCAAUGGGAGAAAAGUGCAAUUAUUAUAAGUGCAUUUAUUAUAAUAUAUUUUAUUCAGCUUUACUAUCUCGAUAUCUGCACUCAUUUUUACAUAGGUACAUGAAUUAUUUACAUAACUUUUCAAAUCAGCUCAAAUCAUCGAGCAAAUAAAUGUAAAAUUAUUUAUAAUAUUUAUAAUAUACAAUUGAGACGAAAGUUCGUUAUGCAUCGCUUAGAGAAAAUAUUUCACUAAAAUUGAUUCACCAUUUUUUUUUUCUCGGAAAAAAAAAAACCCGUCCCCUUCGUUUCUCUAUCGCUUAUUUAUACAAAUAUAUUAUUCAUCUCUUUGAAGUAAUUAUAAUAACACAAGUACUAUGACAACCACAGCUGAACCUCAAUUACUCUGACGAAAUAAGUAAUUAAUGAAUAAUUCCUAUUAAAACAGCAACAACAUAGUGGAUAGCAAGCUGCCCUCCAGUGAUAAAGGGAUGCGAUAUCGUAUAUAAUUAUCGAUUGAUCUAUCGAGAACAAUUGACUUGGAGUAAAAACAUAAGGCUGAUGAAAUCGGAAACUGAGAAAAAACGAUCCUGUGAUAUUUCCGUCUAAAAUCGAUUAUUUCUCAGAUAUAAAUCGAUAAUGAAAAAUAUUAAAUUCGAUUUAUCGAAUUGUAAUUGACUCAUUUCACCGCUUCUCAAUGAUUUUAUCUUCUAAACGAAAUGAUGAUAAUAAUAAUAAUAAUAACAAACAAGUGUGUAAAUAUUCUCAAUACAUAUUUUUCGAGAAAAAAUACUGCAUUAUUUGGUAGAAGGCAGUGUAAAAAAAAUGUGGAAGGGUUUCACCAGUCACUCACACGUGCAAAUAACACUUGAACUAAAAAAUAAAUACCACUAUUUUUAAAGAGAAAAAUAAUAAUCAAUAUUUAAAAAUGUAUUAGAAUAAAUAAAAAUAUCGUGUGAUGAUAAACAAGUGGGGGAAUGUUUGCAAGUUCUCGAUAUUCAGUGUUUAAUCAUUAGUAAAUUAAAUAACGUGUGAAAUAUCGCUAAUUUAAAAGCAAUGAAUUACUAUUUUGGAAAAUGCAUUUAGGAUUUGAUGUUUGAUUUCUUCAUUAAUUAUUACUGAAUAUAAAACUGUUUCCUAUACGAAUUAUUAGUUAUCGAGGUUUUAUUGGCAUGAGCUUGUAGCAAUCAGUGUAUCAAUCAAUCGAUGAUUAACAGUUUACAAUGCAAAAAAGGUACUGUAGACUUUUUUUACUUCCCAUUUUUACAAAUUACAAAUGACUAAAAAUUUCUUACACUGCGUAUUGAGUCGAAAGGUUGAAUCAACUGUUAUUUUAACUUGAAAAAAUGCCAACUAAAUAUUUUCUUGAUUGAAACAUAAUUGAACAUUUGAAUGUAGCGAUGAAAUUAUUAUCAAAUCAUUAUUUUACAAUAAUUUUUUCAACUGUGUACCUAUCCACCAAUAAUGAGACAAAUAUAAAUAACAUAAUUCUCCGAUUCUGGAAUUAUAAAUAAAUUUAACCUCCAGAGUAUAUAACUCAUUGAUUUUUACAUUGUCCCCACGACCUUUCGACUUAAUUGACGCCCUUAAUCCCUCAAGCAUGUGAAUAGUGACAGGAAGGCACCUAAUUACAAUCAAUCUACUCACACAUACAUCAUUUCAUAAUCAUCUCAUAACUAUUAACUCGAUCAAGCAAUCAAUCGAACUCUACAACUGGAGAAAUUGAAUUCCGUCGAUUAAAAUUGAUAUUGUCUUAUCAUCUGAUCGAACUAAAUACCAGAACCUAGAAAUAUUGAAGAGCGCUGGCCAGUGAUUGCCGGAAGUGAUGGAAGAUUUUUUAGAAGACGGAAAUUUAAGCGAAAAAGACAAAAAAAAAAACACUUGAAAUGCAUGUAAAUGCAUAAAACCAAUGGCCAUGCGAUAAAUGCCCAUUCAAGUAAGAUCUAAGGCCCCCAGUAUGAUUUUCCGUACUAAAAUUAUUUUUUCACAUUAAAAAAGUGUUCAAAAUGUUCAACAAUGGAACUAUAAUUUCAUAGAAAAUCCCCUGUGGUGUUUGAAAAAAUGCAAGCCAACCAAAAACCGAGCCCUCGACGUUAAAUGCUCGUCAUCAGGGUCAGUCUUAUUCGGGGAAAGGCGUUUAUUUUUUCAAAACUGGACUAGCCAUUAAACAGCUGCUCCUCCGUCAUUAAUUCUCACUCAAUACACUGCCAACUAAUGACAUUCAUCACUUAAUAACAACCAGUAUAUUUUCCACCUACGGUAAAAUUAAGAAUCUCAAACAUAUGUACAAAUAUGUGAAAAUGCUCAGCUGCAAAAAUAGAUGCCAGUGCUCUUUUUUU